ACGAGGGCCCAGAAAGGACGAAAUGUCUGCGCGGGCGCUGUGGCUGGCUUUUCGGAGUGGGCUUGGCGGGCGUCAAGCCUUCUCCACCAAGGUGAAUCUUCAGGGAAGUGGUCGCAUCACUGUCGAGGUGAUCGAGCACUUGGAACGUCUAGCGCUUGUGGACUUCGGCAGCCGUGAAGCUGUGGCGCGGCUGGAAAAAGCUAUCGCUUUCGCCGACCGCCUGCGUGAGGUGGACACGGACGGAGUGGAGCCCAUGGAGUCCGUACUGGAGGACAGAUGUCUAUACUUGAGAUCUGACAAUGUAGCAGAAGGCAACUGUGCUGAAGAACUACUACAAAACUCCCGUCAAGUUGUGGAGGAGUAUUUCGUGGCUCCCCCAGGUAAUAUCUCUUUACCAAAGCUGGGUGAACAAGAGUCCUUCCAACAUAGCUGAGUGGCUAUCCUGGGAAGGAGGCACCCUGUGAGCACAUGGAAAUACAAUAAUGAUAUUUUAAUGUAAACCCUAAUGGUUCCACUUUUGUCAGUCAACUGAAAAAAAAAAAAAAAAAAAAAAGAUACUCAAGCAUGUCUUUUGAGUCUUCCAAAGACUGAUCUGGCAAACCCUGGCCAAAACAUUGGGUUCCUGUGCCCCCCUGCAAGACUACCAAAUGCAUGUAAGUGAACCUGUUUAUAUAUCUGACAAGCACAAGUAUUGGAUCACUUUCAAAACCUG